CUGUAAAUAAAUAUGGCGGCGAAAAAGGACAGGAAAUAACUUGUCAAAAUAGAAAAGUAAGUGUGGAAUAUACGCUUUGAUAUAGGUCCUGAUAGAAUAUGUUGUUUGUCUAUACAGAAUAGAGUGAAUAUGAAGGUAGACCUUGAAGUGCUGGCAUCAACUGCCAUCAAGAGGAAAAAGCCAUGGCCUCAGAUUAUUUGGAUAGGAGAGGAGCAGGAGAGCUUGUUACUGCUAGACAGUCAGGGCAAACGAGUCAGUGUUCUUUAUGUACCAUCGGGCAAGACUAAGAAGAAGUUGACAAAAGUGUCGCCACUUGUGGAGCAAGUGAAAUGUUUUGGUAGCACAAGGAAUGGUCGCCACUUGUUGGGAAUUCUACAGAAUGGUGAGGUGUUUGUCUGGCAUAAGGACAAAGAUAUUGUCAAGUUUGUGGAAGGAUUGGACACACUGACAGAUAGUUAUCAAACAGAGUUGUGCCAUAUUGAUGCCUCGGAUGAUUGUUCCUAUAUAUUCCUGGCUGCUGGGAGAGGUUCAUUUCUACUAUGGGUUAAAGAAAAGGGGGAGUCUAUUCUUAAAGACAAGGGUGAUCCAGCACUUAAAGGUUCUUGGCACAGGAUUACUGUCCCUGAUGGAAUGGAACUUCCCACUUCUGAGUCAAGGGAGUGCAGCAGAGCUAGUGUAUUUUAUGAAAAUCAUAAUCUGGGCCAUUGUUGUCAGUUCUCCAUAGUUUUCAAUAAGGACACCAUGUUAAGUGUUGCAACGCUGGUGCUCAAGUUCCCAGAUCCGGUGGAUGCUUUCAGGAAAAGUUUGCCACUAUUUAGUGCUGAGUGGAGCCUGCUGGAAUACCCUUUCCAACAGAUGCACCCUGAUUUUGAGCCAGUGUCCACACAAGGAGCAUAUGUGUCUAGCUACAGUAGGAGUGGUCAGGUGCUUGCCGUGGCAGCCAAUCAGAGAUUUCCUACAAAGACAACUAUGUUAUUUGUGUCGCCACUCACUGAUACAGUACUGGUUGGAGCAAUGAAGAACUGUGGUGUCAGUGAUAUAGGAAAAACUGGCAGACAGUACUGGGUAGCAGAUAUAGCUUGGACAUCAGAUAACUUGUUCCUGGCUUGUAUACUGAAGAAUGGUAGUGUCUGCCUGGUUCCCCGCCUUGGAGACCCUAUACCUAUACAGACACAAGGCUGUUCUGUGAACAUGGGACCAGCACAUUUCCUUCCACUUCAUCCAGCUAUAUUUGUGAGUGACAACCAAGGAAGCCUUGAGCCAUCUGCUCUUGAGCAAGAUCCUAUGCAACAGCAGUUUUCAUUGGCUACUCAUCCCACAUUACCCAUAGUCCUCUUUUCUGAUGGCUUCCUGGUGACUGUAGCCCAACUUCCUGUAGAGAUGACAUCAGUUUCUGUGAUGAGAGAAUUGGUUUUAGACUCUGCCAGAUAUCUGAAGAAGUUAUACCAACAAGAAAAUCUGGAUAUGACAGUUGCAGAUGCAUAUAAACUGUCCAAAGGUCAGAAAGGUUCAAAGCAGUCACUGGUGGAGAAUAGAAAGCAGAGGAAACCAUAUGAAUUUGAACUGGCAGAAAUAUCUCUGAAUGCCACUCAUGAAAGUGAUACCAGUAUAAUUGAUACCACAAACAAGUUUGGCUUUGAUCAGUUUGGUGCUAUUGGAAAUAUGGAUGCCGGAAAGAUAGUGUUUGGUGAACCUGAGAUGAUAUCUAUUGACCCUAAUACAACAUUUUCUGGUUUAGAAGCAUCUGACGCUCUUCUCAAGUACUUAGAGGAAUCUAUGUCAGCCUUGACCUUGGUAUGGAAACUCGGGUCUUCCUACUCAGAUGUCUGGACAUCCGAGGUUGACAACAUUACUAAGAAGACAGUACAUAACUUUUUAAAGAUUUUUGAGGUUGUACUGGACUGCCCAGCUGUUGAUUCUAUUAUACCAAGUCUUACGCCAAGACAGAGUUCCGCUAUUCAGAAUCCAAGAGUGUAUAACAUUAUAGUGGCCUAUCGUAACAUUUUACAGCUUCUUAGAUUUGAUACAUUCAAUCAGCACCUUAUCACAGCAGCUCUAAGACUGGUACAUAAAACUAUCACUCUGAUGUUGUCCAGUAAAGAGCUUCUGCAAACAGAUCCCAGGCUGAAAACUUUGUAUGGGUGUUACAGUCUGUUGAAACAUGCUGAAACCAGUCUGAAUAGAAUCUAUGUGUGGGUAUCAUCACAGAGUCAAACUGGUACACCAACUAGUGAUGGUUCACCACAUAGAUUUGAGCCUGCUGUCAUGGUGAAAAUGGAGAAGCAAUCUACAGGAAGUAGUUCUGAUGUGCGGGGAGUCCAUCUGGAUAACCAGGGGCAGCUACCAGGAAAGAGACUUGCAGCCACAUGGAAGGUGUUGUAUCACCAUACAGUUGAGUACCAGUCAAAAGUUAGACAGACUGGUGACCUAAAACAGGAACUGCCAAAUAUAGAUAAAUUGAUUCAUGCAAUUCAACAGGUUCUACAAGAAGCAGACGCACAAAUAACUCCAAGAUCUGCCUCAGCUAAGUUGUCUGCUGUGUGGUUGAGACAUGCUUUUCCAUUUGAGUUACUGUCCAGUUCUGACAGUUUUCUGUAUGCUGAUGAUAAUAAUUCUAGCAUUGAUCCAAAAACCUCAAGUAGUCCUAGCCCAAAUAUGUCUUCUAUGUCAAAUCACAAUAAUUCCUCACAAAGUGUGAAGAGUACUCCAAAUGUCACCUCCAUAUUGAAGAAUGGGCAGAAUAUUUCCUUUAAGUUGAAAAGUGGUCCAAAUGCAACCUCCACUUUGAAGAGCGAUCACAAUGAUUCUUCUGCUUUGAAGAGUGAAAACUCUUCAGUGGAAGUGAGGUCAUAUUCUUCCUCCCAAAAGGAGAACACCAGUUCAAACCAAGGCGAUAUUUCUCCAGAUAUUGAGGGUCAGAAAAUGUCACCAAAGAUUACAGAAUUGUCAUCUCUUUCUAGUUUAGGAUCAGGAAAUGGGAGAAGUUCUGCAUUUUUACCAAAAUCUGAUUUCAAGAUAUUUACAACACUCAGAACAGUGAUGUCAAAAGUAGACAAAGACCCUAUCUCAAGACAUGGAACAGACUCCUUUGUUCGGGUCGGUUCUAUGUCCACAUCAUCCAGUGGAAAUAGGUCCUCGGGGUCAUCAUUGAUCAAUGGAAUAAAAUCAAAACUAAAGGUCAUGUCAGGCUCAUCUUCCCCUAAAGAAAGUAGUUCCAACACUGGGUCAUCCACAAUGCCAGUUGUUGUAUUAGAUAUCACUGAGCAAGAUCAUACUAUUCAGUAUAAAACUACUGAAGAUAUUAUUGAUCAAGAAAUUCCAAAAUCAGAAGGCUUUGAUUUACACGAUACAAAGGAUUUUGAAGUGUCUUCAAAAACUGAUAGUGAUAAACUUGAAAGAAAAAGGAGAAAGAAGGGGAGAAAGAAUGAAAAGAAAGGGUCUUAUGCUAGUGAUAAGUUGAGUGUAGGUGGGGAGCACACAUUAGCAGUAGAGGCCUGGAAGGAUCAACUUAAAAUGUUUGCUGGGAGUAAGAAAGACAGUCCUAAAACAGCUAGAAUGCUGCACUCAGUGUUGUAUACUUACCUUCUGAAGGAUGACUUGGCACAGACAGUCGACUUUGUAGAUAACCUUAUUCUUCAAGCUAGUAUUGAUACAGCGAUGAAUUCUCAGGAACUUCCAGCUUACGAUGAUGGAUCCCGACCUCCGUUGAUGACGCUCGUCACUCACAGAUCACAGGAUUCAGAGGAAGAAGAGUUGGUGCCAUGUAUCAAGAACAAGUCUAUCCGUCAGACUGUACAGACGAUGGGGCGGUUUAUGGCGGCGUAUUUCAGUAAUGAGACCAUGUACAUCUACCCACCACACAGUGCUCAGGCUUUACCAUCUGUACAUAUGAGCCAUGUACCAACAAAGACGAGAAUUAUUCCGAAGUAUCAUGAGGAUAUCACCAAUGUAAUAAGGCGAGACAGUUUGAGUGGUAUCUGGACUACAGAGCGGACUGUGGAGUACUUGUUGAUGAGUGGUCUUGUGUGCGAGACCGCUUGGUUUGCUCAUAAGAUGGGGGACUGGAAAACAGCCUACCUAUUGUCUGUAGCCCACUGUAGUCAUAGAGAAAUAGCUCCUCAACUCUAUCAAAGACCCAAGAAGCCAUUACAGAUCCCAGAGAGUUUGAGCCCUCAUGCCAUACUGCAGGAAAAACUUGAAUUUCUCAUUAAAUCUAAUAAGGCAGACAGUACCCCUGCUGGGGCAAACAAGAAGUAUAGUAGAUACUUCAUUCCUAUCAAUCAGGAGACAAACAUUGGUCAGCUGACACAUACAAUACAGGACAUGAUGACCGCAGGUAUCGUGUCUGACGUGGAGAUUGCUCCCUGGUUCCUGGCCAGUCUCACAGACAAGCUUAAACAUGUGGUAUCCAGCCUGCCAGUCCUGGUACCGGAGGAGUUCUACCUCCCAGCUCCACCACUCUACUGCCCUCAGGCUGGGGAGGAAGAAAUGGGUAGAGAUGAUCCAUCAGUACAGUACGAGAAGGAACUGAGGUUAGAGAUCUCAUCCAUUAUACAACUUCUCCUCGUAGCAUUUAACUCCGCACACCUUACUCUUCCCACAGCUAGAUGGUACAUUCAGGAUCUUUUUAAAAUGCAAGAAAAGGCUUCACAGUUUAAGGCCACAACAGAAGGACCCUGUUUAGAGCUACCAGAAAUUCUUCAACAGUAUAAGAUCCUACGAUCAGAUAUAGUCGAAUACCGGGACAGUCCGAAUGUUGGUCAAGUUAUGUCAAGUUUCCGUGAUUUCUGCACAAUAUUGUGGAUGUUACACGUGCGUGAUGAAAUGUCAUUACAUCUGAGGAAGAGAGGCAAACAGCUUGUCAAUGAUAACCAAGAUGGAACGGAGAGUCCAGAGUCAACACUUGGUCAGGAAUAUGUUCAGGAAUGUUUCAAGAUUCUCAAGUGGGCUGUACAUUUGUUGGCAUUCUGCCAGUACCUAGGAGAUGAAGAUUGUAUUCGUAAGGUCAUAUUGUCUCUCAUUCUGGAACUUCCACCUACAGAGGACACAGCUGAUAUUUUGGCAGAACAUUUUUAUUUGGCAGAAAGUUAUCACCCAGAAGUGCAAGAAAAGUUAGAAAGGCUUGUAUCAAGUUGGCAGAGUGUUGAAAUUGUGCCAGAGGAUGAUGGGAAGUCAGCCCGGCCAGAGGAGGGUGAAGAUGUACGGCGAAGUUUGGACAAUGAUGAUGAUGAAGAUGAUGGAUCUGUGAGAAAAUCUGUAACAUUUUACCAAGCAUCACCAAGGGCUAAGACUUUAUCUGUAUAUUUCUACAAACAGUGUGAGGUGGUGCAGAAAGUGUUAAAAAAGAAGCGAAAAUUCUAUAGUCAGUACGAUGAGUUUGUAUUUUGUCCAGAAACUGACGUUGAAAACACAGGCCAGUCAGGUGUGAAUUCUGCUGAAGCUAUAUGCAUUGGUUCACGACCAUUUGAGACUAAACAGUCUUACCUUGAAUUCUUGGACAGAUUUUAUGCCAUCUGUUUCACGAAAGUUGUUGAGAAGGAGUCUGAAUCUGGUAGAUCAUCAAUGUAUCCAGUGCUAAUGCCGUUUGCUAAAAUAAUCCGUGAAGCAGAGUUUGAAUCUUUCCUGAGUAAAUAUGAGGAAACAUACCAGAAGAAACCAAGUUCUGUUGUAAUGGCCUCACCUCGAGCUAAGUUUUUCAGAAGCCAGAGCGAGUCCCAUGUUUCAGAUGGAUAUGAACCCAAGAACUCACCAGGAGUUGCAAGAGGGAGGAGCUUGUUCAGAAGUAACAGCUCUACUGCUGUCAUGCAGGGACAUCAUAGAUUGUCAAGGUUUGAAAGCGAAGGUUCAUUAAUGACCAAAAACUCCCCAGGACGAUCUAGGGGAGAACCACCUUCUCCUUCGAGAGCAAAACCUAACAUGACAGGAAUGGCUUCAAGGUUUUUCCAGUCUGAGGAAGUUUUAUACAAGGAUCCAGGUGAGAGUCAGGAAGCUCACUGGAUCCUGGAUGUGAACUUUGGCCAACGUUACCUUGCCCUUCAACAUUUACUUGACUACCUUCAACACUGGGCCAGCAAACAGCAUUCUCUUGGUCUUCAUGGGAAAGAUAUUGCUCUGAAACCUACAAUGAGAAUUGAAGUUCCAACACAGCUGGUGGUUCUUGGGCUUUGGUUGCUGGAAAACAAAUACAGCUCAUCAAAAUUAAAGAAACAAGAAGCUGAAUUUGAAAGAGAGGUACAUGAGAAUAUUGAGUAUAUUCCUAAAGACAGAGCUAGGCAGAGAGCGCUGGGCACUGUUGAAGAAAUAACUGAGCGUGACAGCUUCACUCAGGUGUCCAAUGUGCCAAGAUCAAGAUCACAUAGUCCAAAAGGUCAGAGGUCAAGGUCACAUAGUCCAAAAGCAGAUGUGUCGAGGUCAGCAAGUGCUGGAUUUGAUAUGUCAAAGGACAGAACUCUAGAGUAUGUAAAGAGUAUUACAUCAACAAUGGAAGAAACAGAACUUAAAAGUGCAUACAAGAAAGUGUUGGAUGGUUAUAGAGUUAAGGAGGGAGAUGACAGCAGUUCUCUGGAAGUUAGUUCCCUUGAACCAGAUGAUCUUGAUGAAAAUUUGAAGCGUUCACUCACAGCUACAGGGUCGGGGAGAAUGAGCAGAAGUAAAGGAAGGAACAGACAUAAAAGUCCUAGACGUGUAGAAUCCAGUCCAGAAACCAGGAAUAACUCUGCGCUCAAUAAUACCAUGCAGUUUGAUGGGUCCCCAGAAAGGGCCAACAGACAAACUCCACAGACCAGUACACCAUUGAGGAAUAACAGUCCAGCAAAUAGAGGGCGGAGAGCAGAGGUACAGGCAGAUAUAUCACGUAUAUCACUGCCACCUAGUGGUGGAGUACCAGGACAAUACACAGCGCCACCUACUGGCAAACCUGAUUACUACAGAGGAGGGUUACUGGGUGGAGAUCCAAGCCGGACAGCGCCCCCUGGUGGUGAGCAUGUGAUUAUGCCUCAGCAGUCAGGGACAGUGGGGAGUGCUCCUGUCAACCUUGCUGGAAUGGAUCUAGCACAACAGCUACAACACAUUGUGAGAGGAGAACUUAGAAGAAUGAUGGAAGUUCAGCAUCAAAGUAUGAUGGCAAUGAUGGGUGCCCUGGAUGGUCAGCCUCCUGUUGCUUGGCAACCAGAAAUUCCAGCAAAUCAGAGACAAGGGUCAUUAAGGUCACCUAUCAGGGGAGGUAACCAAAAUCAAAUUAUAGAGGAAAUGGGAGCAAGAAAAGGCAAGGGUUCUAUACGAGGAGUUAUGAGUGAGCUGAAAAACUUGCAAGUUACAGAGCAAAAAGAGCAGAAGAGAAGAAAAUCUAAAUCACCACAGGGGAAAGAGAAUAUUGAUUCCUCCUUGAGAAUGUCUGAAUUAAGAAAUGGUGAAAACAUUGAGGUUUACAGAGUAACUCAAGAUUCAGGUAUUAAUUUUUAUCCAAAUUUUCUGCGGAUCCCUGCUGAGCGAGACACUGAAGGGGUAAGAUUUCCACAUAUACAACAGGAAGCCUGGGGCCCUAGACAAAGCCAGUUGCCAAGACAAGAUAUUCCUGACAUGCCUUUGUUACAUGUUGAUAGGACGAUUCCUGGCCACAAGUUCCCGGUGAAUCAAAGAUCUCAGUUGUUACCUAGGUACCAACCUGAUCCCGGAUAUUUCCAACCUCCACCAGGAUUCAGUCCUGCCCAAGCAGGACCUGCACCACGGCAACCUCCUCGGCAACCAGAGAGCCCAGAUAGUGGUAUUGGAAUUCCACUACUGAGGUUACAAACAGCAGAAGAGAAAUCAAAACGUCAGCCAAGAUUUGGAGAGUUACUUCCCCCUGAUGUAAUGAGUGAAGUUGACAGGGAGAAACAACAACAGGAAAUGUUAAGAGAGAGAUAUCUUAGAGAAUACCAUGAGCUACAGUCUGAGAAGGCAAAAGAGCAGUAUAAACAGAGGUUUGGAGACAGGUUAUUACAUCUUAAUCUGAAGUCUGUUGUCGAGGAAGAGGCAAAGAUCUCACCUAGGAAAGCUCAAACUCCAAGGAAAAGUCACCCAAGGAAAACACCUUCUCCAAGAAAAACACCACGCUCGUUGUCAGAGCAGCUUUCUUCCAAGAGUUCAAAGAAAAGUUCUGCAAGGAAGAAGCCAGAAGCAGAUGCUACUGAGGGCGGAGAGUUGUUGUCAGAAAAAGGACGAAUUAGAGAAGAAGUGGAAGAAGAGGCGGAGUCAAGACAGGAGGAGGAGGAGGAGGAGUCUGAAGAAGAGGAUGUUACAGAGGCAGAUUCUAUGGAGGAAGAGGAGGAGCUUCAUGAUGGAUAUGCUAUUAAACAAGGAGAAUUUGAGGCUUAUCUAGCCCUAGAGAAUGCCUUGUCGAAGACGAAGGACACACAUGCUAGGAUACAGUUGAAGACAGCACUACGACUGCAGAGACAGAGAAUGAUGGAGAACUGGAAACGACCCAAGGUUGAUUUUGCCACUAACACUGCAGAGAUGCUGGAUGCAGGUAUUGAUGCUGAUUUUGUUCCCCAGGAACCUGAGUAUAUCAGGACAUCAGAAAAAGCUACAUCUAUCACCAAGGAUACAGGUGUUGAUCCUAUACAAGAAGCUGUUAUAGAAUACAACCAGAGUAGGCAGGCUAAUGUGUUACCACCAGAUAUAUACAUGGGUCUCAGAUUUAACAGUGCAGAUUCUCAAGAGUCCCGAGGACGGAACUACCUGAAUGUAGUUGACCUGGAUGCCUCAGCUGUGCUGAAUGAUCUACGGGAGAGACCAGAACCUACGGAGCCCCAGUUGGACAAAUCACUGUCACCUGACCAACAACACAUUAGGAAUAGAAUGGCCCAGGAAGAUGAUACUAGACUGUCAUUUGAGCCACCUGUGAUAGAGAGGCCAACCAGAGCUGAUGAACUUACAUUGAAGAUAUUUGAGACUAAGAUGCAGGACCAUGAUAGGUUGUCCCUGGCCAUCAUUCCCCGGGAUAGUAUGCCAGAUUCAAAGUAUGCCAUCAUGCAGAGGUUACGAGACAUGAACUCACAACUGUCAGCCAUUGAUCAUAUGUCAAAUAAUAUAGAGAGGGAAUUUAAGAGUACUAGAUUGGCACUUGGCACACUGGAAGAUAUGACAAAUGCCAUGGAGCCAGCCACUAGCCAGGACAUCCUAGAGGAAGAUCAGCGUCUUAGAGAAAAAUUGGUUGACUCACGUGAAGAUAUUUCUUCGCCACUUCGCUCCGCCAAGUCACCGACUCCAAGUGCCAAGAUGACAGCAAGGUCCACAGCUAGGUCGAAAAAAUCUGCUGCUGCUGGUGAAGAAAGGCGGGAAAUGUCUGUUGAGCUAGCCAAGCUGUCGGGAUUGAGUGGUAUCAGUGAUAUUAUUGGUGACAUGGUUGCUAAGGGUGACAUUGAUCUAGACGAUGUUGGUUUGUCCCAACGUGAGGCAAACAGGCUUGUGCAGAGAGGAGCAAUCAGGAAAGAUCAGGUGCACGAAGCUCGUGUAAGCCUAGAUGAGAUCAAGAAGAUGGCAGAGACUGCUCAUAAAGAUGGUGCCCAAGACAAAGAGGCAUUACGUACAUGGAUGGUAAACAAACGUCACCAACAAAUGGCGGAGUAUAAGCGACACUUAGAAGAGCUCAGGGAGCGUGAACCCCGACCUUUCAAACCAAAACAUGAAGACUCUGACUUUUCGAUGACUGUGGCUGAGAAGAAAGCUCUCACUGAAGCAAGAGAAGAGUCAAGGAAAAAUGCUAAGAAAGCAUUUAUGACAAAACGUCUUGAUGAGGCACAAAACUUGCUUGGAAAUAUUCUCAGUGAUAAACCAGAUCUGCCAAAAGACUUGCCAGCCAGAGUUGCUACACCAAAGCGUAAACCAGCCAAAGACAGAUCACCUGUCAGUGUUAGAGGUAGGACUCCACUAUCAACUGGAAUGAAGGGAAGAAGUCAGGGUAGAAAACUGCAAGGUAUUCUGAAAACAAGAGAUGUUAGUCCUCAUUAUGAAGCAGAUUACAGCUAUGAUAGAGAGGAUUAUGGUGACCUUGACCUUGAAGAUGAUUGGCUGAUGGAGCAGCAGACAUACCAAGAGGAACCAAGGCCGGUUCCCAUUCAGUCAAAGAGUGAUAGGACUCAUCUUCCACCAUGGCAGAUUGCGGUACAACCGGCCAGGGAACCAAGUAAAGGGAAAAAGCCAGCAGGGUUGGUUCCCAAACUCAAGCUCAGUUUGGAAGAUGUGCAUGAGGAGGAACCUCUGAAACUACAACAGACAGCAGAAACAACUGGAGACCUGUCAGAAUACUAUAAAGCAGUAGAAGCCAUGGAUGUAUCUUCUAGUCAUGAGCAUGCUGGAUAUGUUGCUAGGCAACCAGUUGAAAGAGAGGCAGAGGUGGAGCCAGAGCCACAAAAGACAUUCAAGGUCACACCCUAUACCAAACUUGUUAAAGUACAGAGGCCAGAAAGGACAAGGAAGCAAGUGAAUAAGUUUGCUCAGGCUUACAAUCGUGAGCAGGCAAGACUGAGUAUAUCGGAGUCGGCAAGAACCUCGGCACGGACAGAGAUGUCCGAUAGAGAGAGACAAAUGAUUUAUGGUUCUAAGAGAUUGCCAGCAAAAAGGCCGACAGAGACAACACCACGUCGGAUAAAGACAUACACAGAGAGAUUACAAGAGAUGAAAACUGGACAGAAAUACUCUACUCCAGUAGCUCCCAAAUCUCACCUAGGAUCAUCCAUUGCAAGUACUACAGCCAGACCAACUUCACACCCAGUCAAGCCCAAACAUAAACCAGUCACUUACGUUGAACAGCUGCAGAAACUGAACCAGGGCCAUCAUAAACCUAGAGUUGGAUCAGGUACAAUGACAGUACAGAAACCGAUGAUAAAAUCUCACAAACCAUUACACAAACCUAAAACUUAUGCUCAGCAGUUACAAGAUCUACAACCACAGAAAACAUUCAAAGUUCCACCAAGUAAGCGAGUACACAAACCAGGAGUUAGUCGACAGAGACCUUACAGAGAUCCCUACACAAGUAUGGCCCCUGAUGACCUUGAUCGUAUGGAGACUGCCUCAGUUGUAAGUGCCUGGUCUAUGGGAGAUGACGUCAGGGACAUCCUCUAUAAUGAUGUGGAGAGCUCUAUUGCUGUUGGGCAGUCUGCCUCGUAUGCUCCCUCAGAACAGGUCUCUGACUACUAUGAUGCUGUUAUGGGAGAUCUUGGUGAUGAUUAUACAGCUUCUGUUGACAUUGAUGAUUUGGUUCAGAUUGCUGAUGGUGGAUCUGUGUCAAGUGGAAGCAUGAUGAGUUUUAUAGACUGGGACCAGGUUGAUGAUCUCAUAGCAGACGUCAGAUAGACUGUGUUACAUUCUGUAGACCUGGGUCAAAUAAAUUACUUGAAUGAACCCAAAGUGGAGCAUUUUAAUAGACUGUGAUAUUAUUUAUAUUAUACGUUAUUGCUAGAAUAAGGCAAUAUGAUAGUAGUUCUAUCAUUUAGUAGUAUUUAGUUGUAGUAUAUAGACAUUAUUUGUAUUAUUUGUUCUGAAGGACAAAGAUGUGUAUUACAGCAUUUUAUCUUCUGUUACUUUUUAGAGCAUUGUGAAGCAUAUUGACUUAGACAGGCAAUAGAUGUUAGUAUAUUUUACCGGACUGAAGUGAAGUAUACUGUAAUUUCAGAUAUUUUAAAGGGAACCAGCCAUUAAAUACUUCUUAGUACAAAUCAUGUAUAAAUUGAUGAAUUUGAUGUUAUUUAUUAAAUAGUCAAGGACAUGGUGUGGUUUAUCAUCUGAUAAACCAUGAAUUAGAGUUAAGAUGCAUAGGGGUUUAAGAAUGUGGAAUAUACAAACAUCUGAACAUAGAACUAUGAUAUAUCAGACAAGGAACUGCAUGAAGGCUUUGAUUGUUUUUAUUCUAACAUGAUCACAGAAAUAGUAUGGAAAAAUAUGCUGAUCUGUAUAUUCAUCAUGUAGAUAUGGAGCUGAUAUAAUGCUGCUUAUUUUAUAUCAUAAUAUACUGUCACUGGGCAAUGCUUAAAACCCAUUGUUUAUUGCAGGAUAUAUAAUGCCUAAUGACCUUCUUUGUUGAACUGAAAAUUGAUUUGAGCAAUGUAAGAAUACAUCAAAUUUCUGUACAAAUAUACGUAACGGUUGUAGUUAUUGACCUUACUGUUAUGAUCUAUGUGCCUAAAUUAAUAAUCUGCAGAAAGUUUUCUGUAUUCUCAUAGAAUCCGUCCAUGACAAGUUUUAAAUGCUUGUAUGUGAUACGAUAUUUAUGUAUGUUAGUAAAAAAUAUCAAUAGACUUAAA